CUCGAUGAACUCCUCCGCCCUAGCGGCCGAACUCCUCUGUCGUAAUGCCGGCAACCCGGCCCUGGCGUGGCGCCUCCUCAGGCACCUCCUCUCCUCCCCCGCCGCGCCCCUCCCUCCUCUCCGUCUCAUUAUCUCUCUCUCCCGCCUCCUCGUCGUCGCCCGCAUGCUCCCCGAGCUUCACCAUCUUCGGCGCCUCAUCCUCCUCCCUCGCCACCCUCCGGCCGCUGUUCGCACUGCCCUCUCCGCCCUUGUCUCCGUCUCCGCCUCCGCUGGCCUCCUCGAUGACGCCCUCGCCCACUUCCGCUCUCUCCGCUCUCAAUUCCCCUCCCACCCUCCUUCCACCCGACUUUACAACUGCCUCCUCAAGUGCUCCCUCCGAGCCCAUCGCGCCGACCUCGUCGAGGUGCUCUACAGAGACAUGCUUCUCGCUGGAGUUGCCCCCGAGACGUACACGUUCAAUAUUUUGAUCUUUUCCUUAUGCGACUCUGACCGUAUCGAGGAAGCCCGGCUGUUGUUCGAUAAUAUGCCAUUAAAGAAUUGCCAGCCAGAUGAGUUCAGCUUCGGGUUCUUGAUCUGCAGGUACUGUAAAGCAGGCCUCAGUCACAGGGCGGUGGAGCUUCUGAAUGAGAUGGAGAGACUCGGGCGCUCACCAAACAUAGUGAUCUAUAAUACAUUAAUUUCUAGCUUUUGCAAGGAGGGGUCCAUUGGUGAAGCUGAGAAGUUGGUUGAGCGGAUGAGAAAAGAUGGUCUUUUUCCUAAUGUUGUCACUUUUAAUUCUAGGAUUUCUGCCCUUUGUAAGGCAGGUAAGGUAUUGGAGGCUUACCAGAUUUUCAGAGACAUGCAGGAGGAUAAUGUGUUGGGUUUGCCAAGGCCGAAUCAGAUUACAUUUAAUCUGAUGUUGGAUGGAUUUUGUAAGGGAGGCAUGCUGGAGGAAGCCAGGGCCUUGGUGGAGUUGAUGAAAGUUGGUGGAUCCCUUACAAGUUUACAGAGUUACAAUAUAUGGCUGUCAGGGUUGGUGAAGUGUGGAAGGCUGCUGGAGGCCCAACAAUUGUUGGAAGAAAUGGUUCAACAGGGUAUAGAACCUAAUUCAUACUCUUAUAACAUUCUUAUUGAUGGUCUUUGUAAGGAAGGGAUGAUUUAUAGUGCUAGAUCAGUGAUGAGUUUGAUGAAAAAUAAUGGAAAGUCACCGGACCCGGUAACUUAUAGCAGUCUACUCCACUGGUACUGCACGAGAAGGAAUAUAUCAGGGGCCAUCAAGAUUCUUCAUGAGAUGACUAGUAGUGGAUGUUUUCCCAACAGUUUUACUUGCAACAUCUUAUUGCAAAACUUGUGGAAAGAGGGGAGGAUUUUGGAGGCAGAGAAACUAUUACAAGAGAUGAAUAAAAAAGGAUAUGGUUUAGGCAUCGUAACAUGCAAUAUUGUCAUAAAUGGUUUGUGUGAAAAUGGAAAAUUGGAUAAGGCAAUUGAAAUUGUUAAUAGCAUGUGGCAGCAUGGAAGUGCAGCCCUUGGUGAACUUGGAAAUGCAUUCCUCGGUUUGGUGGAUGACAGAAAUGAAAAGAAAAAAUGUUGCCCUGGUCUAAUCACCUAUUCAAUUUUGAUUAAUCACUUGUGCAAGGCUGGAAGGUUAGAUGAAGCUAGGAAAUUAUUACUUGAAAUGAUGGGGAGGAAUGUUGCUCCGGAUUCGAUAAUCUAUGACAUUUUUGUACAUGGAUUUUGUAAGCGGGGAAAGGUGUCAUCAGCUUUUAAAGUUCUAAGAGACAUGGAAAAAAAAGCAUGCAGACCAAGCACAAGAACAUACAACUUACUGAUAUGGGGUUUGGGUAAAAAACACCAAAUAGAGGAAAUACUUGACUUGAUUAAUGAAAUGCAAGAAAAAGGAAUCCCAAAAAAUGUUAGAACUUAUAAUAACCUAAUCCAUGCUCUCUGUGAUAGAGAAAUGGUAGAUAAAGCUGCUUCACUUCUAGAAGAGAUGCUUCAUAAUUCCAUUCUUCCUAACAUAACUUCUUUCAGCAUGUUGAUCCGGGCUUUCUGCAAGAUUUCUGAUUUUGAUGCAGCUCAAGCCAUGUUUCAUGGAGCUUUGACUGCAUGUGGACAAAAGGAAGUGCUCUAUAGCUUAAUGUGCAACGAGUGUUUCAUGUAUGGAAAGAUAACAGAGGCUAAGGAACUUCUUCAAAUCGCUCUAGAAAAGGAGUUUUCCCUGGAGCAUUUUCCGUACAAAAGUCUUAUUGAAGAACUUUGCAAGGAAGACAGCAUAGAUGAUGGGCACAGUUUAAUCAAUACAAUGAUUGCUAAAGGUUAUGUGUUUGAUCCUGCAACAUUUAUGCCAGUGAUUGAUGCUCUAGGGAAGAAGGGAAACAAACAAGAGGCUGAUAAACUUUCAGAGAAAAUGAUGGAUAUGGCAGCUCAUCAUGAUGAAUCCAUGGUUUCUUUUUCUGAUCGUCUACAUGGUGACUCAGAGAAUAAACAUCAAAAGCAAAAGCAAGAGCAAGAGGUUUCUCUUGGAAGCGAUUGGCACAAUCUUCUACACAGAGAUGAUGGAAGUGGAAUAGCUAUGAAACUUCUAAAGAGAGUGCAAAAAGGUUGGGGUCAAGGAAGCAUACCAGCCCCACGACCACAGAAUUUUGAUCUUGUUGAUGAGUGGGAGAUCACCAAUUGAUUCAAAUGUGGAAUAAAACGGUUGGUUUUAGCCUGCGCAAAUGUAUCAAAUUUUGCUCCAGAUCCUGUAUUUGAUACUCUCGUGGGUAGUUGGUGCUCUUUAUGCCUUGUUUAUUAAUUCAGGACAUGGCAUUAAACCUCAGCUCCAAACUGUUACCUCAGAGAAGUAUGGUUUCCCAAAAUGGAUCAGUUGCAGACCUUGUUCUAACAUGCCCUGAAAGUCCUUUCAGGAGUUUAGUUUCAUGUGUCGUCAAAGGGGCAAUCCUUAGAAGGGCUUACAUUAUCAUUUUUAAGCUGCAUUUUGUCUUCGACAUCACUUCAAACUGGCACAGGUGUUUUUUCUGCCUUAGGCAUCCUAAAACAAUUUGUGUUUGGAAAGGACAAGAAAACUACUUCAGCAGCAGCAUAUCAAACGAAGCUGUUGGGCUCAGUAAUUAUCAUUCAGUACUCUGGCUUCGGACUACUUAAGCAAAAUACAUACACAAUUGGAGUCAAUAAGAGGAUCCUUUAAGCAAAAAAAAAGGAAUUCAGUCAACAUUGUUUUGACUUGUCAUUUCCACUCAGUGGAUUACAAUGUAUCCCAAUUUUGGUGGAGAGGGAGAAGGGAGGACAACCAUAGGCAGAGGCAACUUGCUGAAUAUUGCUCAUCUUCCAUUGACAAUUCUUGCUUGAUGAAUCCUGGAACUGGUGUGGAUGAGCAUAACAUUGUAUCAUAAAGAAGACCGACUUCCCAUCAGUUCUUCAACGAGAGUCAUACAUCUCAUCAUCACAAGAUUACAUGGUACGAUUUUGUCAAUUUUUGCAAUGAAGUUUCAUCUUCUCUGGAAGAAAUAAUUCAACGCUUGAAACAGCAUAACGAGAGGAUAAUAAACGGCGGACAUGGAUAUGGAUGGUGUUAAAAUGAGUUUUGUUAGAUGUUCCACUUUGUUCAUUUUAAUUAGGGUGUAUAAAGAUCUGCUUUGUUUCAUUUUUAAUACUAGCAUUUGUUCAUCUUGAUAAUAAAUGCUCUUUUUAUUGAUAUUAAUUGCCCUGUAUUUACUUGACUCUAUACUUCCGGAUUACCUUGCUUGGCAGCGUUGCAACAUGAUGUGUAUGCACACUGAUCAAAUGAUUACUUUUAUUUGAUCCAAUUAUUUUUUAUAUUAAUCGAGGCAGUUCAGUUUCAAAAGUUGAUAUAGCC